GGCGAUGUGAUUGAAAGCUACACCACGGCACGGCACGAGGCCUUUUGUCCCAUUCGCUCCUCCUCCUCUGCUCUUCUCUUCUUCCUCUGCUCUGCUCUCCCCAAUACUCCUCCACAAGGGCCUGGCUAUAAAUCAAGGGAGCUCCAUCUUCUCGGCUGCUGCCUCAAAUUCUUUCAUUCAUUCUUCACCCUUACACUGCUGGCUUCCUCUGUCUGUCAGUUACUACUAGAGUGGGGGGAAGGAAAAACAGAGCCUUUGCUGGCUGCCACCGCGCAGAAGCUACUCUGCCUACAGCCAACAACCUCUCACACACAUACCAAGAAGCAGAAGCAGAGGCAGAAGGAGAAGAUGUAUGCGGACGCGGGCUUCGGCGGCUUCUCGGUCUACUCCCCACCGGCGCCGGGAUCCUCCUGCUUCUUCUCCACCCACCCGGACCUCUCCUACUCCUGCUUCUCCUCCUCACCCGCUCCGGCUCCGGCUCCGGCGCCGGCGGCUGCUGCUGCUGCUGCUGCUCCGCCGCUUCUCCUGCCUGCCGAUGCGCCCCUCGACGCCGCCAUCUUCGACAACCUCGGGGACAUGGGGCAGCCAUCUCUGAUAUCAGAGUAUGACCUUGGAGCAGAAGGUGACCUGUUCAAGGCUCCAGAGCCCAUAAUUGAGGAGCCGCUGCUUAGCCUGGACCCGGUUGCGGCCGCAAUCUCCAUGAUGUCCGGUGGUGCUGCUGAGAAUGCAAUGGAUGAAACCAUCAAGGCUGCAGCUGCAGACAUGGGGCUGAGUGAGGUGCUGUACGAGUGCGAGAAGGAGCUCAUGGAGAAGUCGGCGAUCGAGGAGACCAUCUCCGAGCUGCUGGACGUCAAGAUCCCCAUGCUGCAGGUUGAGCAGGAAGCAUCUGCAGCAGCCGGUGAAUGCUCACUCCACAAGAGUGUCAGCUCUGGAUGCCUCAACUCUGCAGAUUGGAUGAAUGGCACUGCUGCUGCUGCUAAUGCUACUGUCAGGCCAAACUUCCUGGACUUCCAAGGCUUGGACUUCGAGGCAGCGUUUGGGAUGAGGAGAGCUUUCAGCGAAGGAGACAUUCAGAAUCUUGGUGCCAAUACUCCUCGAACUGGGAACUCAGGAAAUGUUCAGGCAUCCUGUGAGAGGCUUGUAACCAUUGCUGACCUGAAAACUGAAGAAAGGAAGCAGAAGCUCUCCAGGUACAGGAAGAAGAAAGUCAAGAGAAACUUUGGCAGAAAGAUCAAGUAUGCUUGCAGGAAGGCUCUGGCAGACAGCCAGCCAAGAGUGCGAGGGAGGUUUGCCAAGAUGGACGAUGGCGACAUGCUCAAGCCCAGGAAGUAGAGAUCACCAUGGAUGAUGGCUGCCAGAGGUUGCUCCAAAAGCUUGCAAGAAGGAAGACAAAGGUUGCAAGGAAAUUAAUCAAGCUACUGCUGAGCUGCCAGUGGUGGCUUGACGGCUUCUAGAAGCUUCUAGGUGAGGCGCACUGCCUUCUAGUAGGGAUGGCCGCUGCGCUGCGCUGCCCGUCGGAAUUAAAAUUUACUUGUUCCAUCAAUCCGUUUCCGUCGGAUGGCAUUCUGUUUCAUCUGUGUAAUAAUAAUAUGGUCCUCUUGCUGCAAGGGAGUGAAGAAGAGCUCUAGCUUAGCUAGGCUCCUCUGUGUACAAAGUCUUGAAGAUGGUAAUAAUAAAACUCAGCUCCUCUCUUGCUUGCCA